AUGAACUCGGGUUCGCCCCUCCAGCUAUAUCCUUUAUUUAGUGUUGUUAUACUUUCGGACGCAACUGACCUUCCGUUGCCUUCUCCUGUGUUCCAGCUGGACGACGCGGCCCUGCAGCUGUACAAGGACGGCGACUACGGUUCGUACCUGGAUCUGGAGGCGUCGCUGAGCGAGCAGCAGGAGGAGCUGGAGGGCUUCCAGGACAAAAAUCUCGCCACGACCAUCGGCGUGGAGUGGAACGCCCUUCGAAACCCCAGCGACGUAGCGGGAGACUUCGAUGCGCGUGCAGAACAGAAACCCGAUCGAGGCGGCCACGGCGCGGCGGUCGGUCGGGGUCGUGGGCAGAUGCUCCCGGGCAGCAGCAGCGGCGGCGGUGGCGGCGGCGCGUGA